CGGUCUAAGGUCCGGUCCGUUAACUCGUCCAACCGUUGGAAUUGCAAUUUAGCAAGCAAGAAUGGAUGUGAGACUUGAGAAUUGGGAGAGGAAAUGCCGAAUUGAAGUGUUAACUUUGUGUCCAACGCCUUUUUGAUUGCAGUAAUUAUCGCGGCAAUGGCGUUGGAUUUAAAAUCCGAUACGUCAUCUGACUCCGACGGCACAAUAGAGGACCAAAACCCCAAUUCCAUUGAUCAGUCACUUGACGCCAUCGAAACUCAGCUAACAACCAUUGCCUUGGGGGGAGGCCAACCUAAUGAACCUCAAUUCUCUUCCAUCCAAGAAGGACUUUCACUUGAAGAAGAAGAAGAAGAAGAAGAAGAUACCUCAUCUCUUGGUUUUUCUUCUCAUCCUCAAAUACACCGGACAUUCAACCCCACCGGCACCAGACCUAUCGCUGCUGCGUCUGGAAUUGAUCAGGAGGUUGGUCACAUUAAUGCAUUUCGUGAAGGAUCGGCUGCUCAAGCUUCUUCUUCUUCGUGGGUUCCGGGAAAGCGACACAUCGAUGAAGAUGAUGCUUCUGUUUCGUGGAGGAAAAGAAAGAAACACUUUUUCAUUUUGAGUAAUUCUGGCAAACCAAUCUAUUCGAGAUAUGGGGAUGAACACAAGCUCGCUGGAUUUUCAGCAACUUUACAAGCUAUCAUUUCCUUUGUUGAUAAUGGGGGAGAUCAUAUUAAAUGGGUAAGAGCAGGCAAACACCAGGUGGUAUUUCUUGUAAAAGGUUCCAUCUACUUAGUUUGCAUAAGCUGCACAGAGGAGACUUAUGAGUCACUCAAAGGACAGUUAGAGCUCAUAUAUGGUCAGAUGAUUCUCAUUCUUACAAAGUCUAUAAAUAGAUGUUUUGAGAAGAAUCCGAAGUUUGAUAUGACUCCUUUGCUUGGAGGAACAGAUGCCGUCUUCUCAUCACUUAUCCACUCUUUUGGUUGGAAUCCAGCCAGUUUUCUUCAUGCUUACACAUGUCUUCCACUUCCAUAUGCAACGAGACAAGCAACUGCUUCCAUAUUGCAAGACAUUGCUGAUUCAGGUGUCCUAUUUGCAAUAUUGAUGUGCAAACACAAGGUGAUCAGCCUUGUAGGUGCACAAAAAGCUUCACUUCAUCCUGACGAUAUGAUGCUGCUUUCAAAUUUUGUCAUGUCAUCAGAAUCAUUUAGGAUGUCCGAGUCAUUCUCUCCAAUUUGUCUUCCAAGAUAUAAUCCCAUGGGAUUCUUGUAUGCUUAUGUUUGCUAUUUUGAUGUUGAUACAUACUUAAUGUUGCUUACAACCAGUUCAUCUGCCUUCUAUCAUCUCAAAGAUUGUAGGCUACGCAUCGAAAAAGUCCUUUUGAAAUCAAACGUUCUUGGUGAAGCUCAAAGAUCUAUGUUAGAAGGAGGGAUGCAUGUUGAGGAUCUACCUUGUACUGGUUCUUCCUCUCCUUCUGUAGAUCGUCAGUCCAAGGUUGUGGCUAAUUCAUCAGAUAUAUUCAGAGAAACAUUCGUGGGUAUUGGAGGUCCUGAUGGACUUUGGCAUUUCAUGUAUCAUAGUAUAUCCUUAGACCAAUAUGUGUCUUCGGAGCUCUCUUCUCCAAUAAAUGGUUUUCGGCAGCAAAAAAGGUUGUUUAUAAGUUAUCAAAAGAUGUAUGCUUCCAUGCACGACAAAGAUGUUGGACCACAUAAAACACAGUUUAGAAGAGAUGAGAAUUAUGUAUUGCUUUACUGGGUCACCCCUGAAUUCGAAUUCUAUGCAGCAUUUGACCCCCUGGCUGACAAGGAAACAGCGAUAAAGACCUGUAAUCGGGUAUGCGAAUGGGUGAAAGACAUUGAAAAUGAGAUAUUUCUGCUGGGAAGUAGCCCCUUUUCCUGGUGAUGAUUUCUUCAAAACCAGAAAACACUCUACAGUUUCAAAGCUAUCUGCAUCUUCUUUGUUAUUUAUAACUUUGAACCUGCUUAUAAAUAACAUACUAUUUUUC